AUGGCGCCGCGAAUAUCCAUCAAACGCGACGAAGAAUCGACCACAAUCCAAUACCAUCACCUAAAGUCCGAACCAGUGGGUCCUGCUCCACCGCAGAACGAAGGGAUCGUGUUAUCACCCAGCAUAGAGCGAGCAACGAACAUUAGAGACCCACGUGGCAAUAAGCCCUGGACCAGCAACGAUUGGAUAUUCGACACGGGCGCGACGUCACAUGUCUGCAGCAAUCGAGCGCUACUACAUCGCUACAGCAGUUUCAACCCCUACGCGAACACGAAUUCCCAUGCGACCGGCAGGGGCCGGGGAAACCCAGUGGCUCACUUUGGACCUAAUCCGAUCACGAUCGCUGGAGUCGGCGAUACGUUCUUCGUGCUACCGGGGCAUGGGCGUUCUUCUCUGAGCAAAGCGAAUCCAUUCAGUGUGCCCGUCAGGAAUGAUCGUCCGAACGUCGACUUCCUUACAGUGAAACAAGUCAUGCAUAUCCCUGACGCUGGAAUCAACAUUAUUUCGUGGUCACAGUUGAAGAAAUCGACCAAGGGUCUGGAGUUGUCGCUCGUUGAGGCCAUUGAUGGUGCACUGGUCGUUCAGUCAAAGCAUGGACCGGUCAUGCGGUUCGUCUUGAGGGACGGACUGUACUUCUUGGAUCGAACAGACGAAACGGUGCUCAACCUUGAGCCGGGUGGAUGA